AUCGGCUGUAGAACACACUACCUUGGAUAUAUAUUAUACACAAGACAUGGCAACUAUAGAAUACAAUAUACCUGUCGAAAUUGAGUGCACUGGUGAAGCUCCUGAAAAUGCUACAGUUACUAUACUGUGUAAUGGAACUGGUGUUGUAUAUGAUAAUACUACAGAAGUAAAAUAUGAAAAAAAACCUAGAAAUAUAACAGGAUUAAUAUCAGUGCCUCAGUAUCUACAGUGUAACCUCAGAGUAACAUUUAGUAAUGAGGCUGGUAGUAGUGAACCAUUUAUACUAACAAUUGAUACAACUCCUCCUCGUCCUCCAUAUGUUACUUCAUCACUUCCUAUAGUUUCUAUAACACCCACUUCAGGACCAACAUACACUAGCUCAUCAUCUCCAACAGUUUCUGUAACACCGAUCGUAGGACCAGCAUCAGACCCUUUAACAAUGACAACAGGAGCUAUUAUUGGUAUUGCUAGUGGCUGCUUUGUUGUUGUAGUUACUUUAGUGCUAUUGUUAAUAGGAGUGGUUGUAAAUUGUGGAAAAAAUAUUGGUGCUGCAAUAAAACUGAUUAAAGUUACAAAACAAAGAGAUGAAAAUGGUAUAACACAGGAAAAUGUAGCACAUGAUGGUGGUAAUGAUGUACAUGUACAAGUACUGGAUAAUGCUGCUGGUCAAUAUGGUGGUCAAGGUCAAGGAGAAGUUGUACCGAAUGGUGAAGGGCAAGAUGAAGUACAAGAAGUGUUACAGAAUCCUUUGGCACUGGCAGAACUAAAAGAUGUAGUGCAGGGCGAUAAAACAAAGAAAAAUGCUGUAAGACAGGAGCAGGGAGAUGGUUCUGUGGAGCAAGGGAUUGUUAGAACUGAAGCAUUGGUAAAUAACGCUGACACUGCUACACCACUAGCACAGGAUCCUGUACCUGAGCCAAAAGAAGUAGCACAGACUGAUAUGAUAGAGAAACAGACUCCUAGAAAACAGGAUGAAAAUACUAAGUCAAAGUCAAAUGAUAAAGAAAUUGAAAGUGCUGAUAAUGCUAGAGAUAGUAAGAAACCAACCAAAGAUAAAUAUCAUAAAGAUACAUAUCAUCUUAAGCGUCAAUUACUUGAUCCAAGUACAUGUAGUAGUGUACCAGAGCCUAACGCUGAUCAAUCAGAGUAUAAUGCAUAUUAUGAUGAGCCAAUUGUGACUGGUGAGACAGAGACUUCUGAUAAUGACCAGCAGCUACCAAGGCAAUUUGUAACAAUUUCUAUACCUCGGCCAACUGCUGGUGAUCAUGCUUCUGCUAUUAUUUCUGGUACUCUUUAUAAGGAUAUUUUAGUUCCUGUUUUACCUAUGCCACAAACUUCACCUCAAGAAAUUCCAUCUUUGAGGCAAAUAGCCCAACCUAACCCUCAAAUAAAUGAAGAAAACAAAGACUUCCAAUCUGAACCUUUUGAUGAUUCGACUAUCCUUUAGAAAAGUUUUUAACAUCUUGCUUUUGAAUUUAAUGGUUGGUAUAUUGGUCUAAUUAUUUUUAUAAUUAUUUCAAUAUUUUUUAGUUUACUAUAUUGACAGUAUAUCUGUCUUUAAUUAUUGAUAAUUUGUAUAUUAAAUGAUGAUUAAAUCUUUUGUAUUUUGAUAGCAUUUCUGUCAUCAGCUUUCUAUUCAA